AUGGAGAACGGACUCGAAGUCUUCGAUUUCAAAGAAGAAGACGAGACAGCUGAAUUAGCAGCUGGUAAAUUCAUAGGCAAGUUCAAAAACCCUAGCCUCGACAAUCCCGCCAUUUUGAAGUACCAGUUUCUCGAAUGCGUUGCUCAGGAAUGUGAUGUUCCUAAAAUCGAAACUGGCAGUUUAGUUUGUGUAGAAGCUGAUGCUAUUGACUGUGAUAAUGCUGGUGCUUAUGUUCAGUCCGGAACUGUUGGAGGGGACUUAAACACUGACGAAGGAAAUUCUGGUUCUGAUGCUGCUCCUCAGUUAACUUGUUUAAGUCAUGAACAAGAUCCUUGUUUUCGGGCAGAUGAUUUUGAAUCGAAAGGGCUUUUCAGUGAACACGAGAAAAGAAUUUCAUGCCAUGAACCACCUUUGCUUGGGAAAAGUCAAUUAGAUUGUGGCAUUAGACAUUGUCCUCCGUCCAGUAGUGAAUCUGUUGAUGAGAAAUUAGAUGUUGAUGACCACAUGAAGGAGUGCUCUCCAUCAAGCCCCACUCCUGACAUCGCAGAGGCUGGCGCGAGCAAGAUGGCUACUGUUCAGUUAUAUACAUAUUUUGAGAAAGAAAAGGGUGGCAUUGAUAUCAUUGUUGAUUAUGUUGUGUACCGUGGUAAAUAUUGUGCUGGGUGUCUGGUGACCUUUUCUUAUGAUGGCAUUAAAAUAAACGGUACAAUUGCUCAUGGAGAUGAAGGAACCUUUAGCCUCAAAACAGGAAUUGAUGACAUUGUUAGUAUUGAGUCUCAGAAUCUUCAAAGAUUUGAAACUGUAACAAUUAAGCUUCGCAUACUUUCAAAGGAUGCAGUACAAGCUGAUAACGGAUAUGGCAUGUCAGGUGUUGAGGAGUUGGAGGUUGCUGUUGUUGAGCCAAAUUGGUCUAGGAAAUGGGAAGAGAUUACAUAUCUGAAUGUGAAGUACUCGGCACUACUGAGCGUUAUACAUGAUACGGGUAUUGCAAUGGAUGGAGGAGUGGAAUUACUUCAACAGAGGCGUUAUUUCCCAAGUUUUGAUGCAGAGUUCGAAGAUGUUAUCUAUCCAAAAGGGGAUUCAGAUGCAGUUUCCAUUAGUAAGAGAGAUGUUGAUCUAUUACAACCAGAGACUUUCAUCAAUGAUACAAUUAUUGACUUUUACAUUAAGAAGCUUGCUGAUCUUGACAAAGAUCCAUCUAGUGUGAAAGAUGGUAGAGCUGCUUUUUUACGCGUCCAUAAAUGGACCAGAAAAGUGGAUGUAUUUGGAAAAGACUACAUUUUCAUCCCUGUAAAUUUCAAUCUUCACUGGAGUUUAUUAGUAAUAUGCCAUCCUGGUGAAGUAGCUGGUGUGAAAGAAGAAGACACAGAAAAAUCUGUCAAAGUACCAUGUAUAUUGCAUAUGGAUUCUAUCAAAGGAACUCAUGCAGGUCUCAAAAAUCUUGUUCAAAGAUAUUUAUGGGAAGAGUGGAAAGAGAGGCAAAAGGACUCAUCAGAAGACAUGUCUUCAAAAUUCUUGAAUUUGCGGUUCGUCCCACUUGAGAAAGGUGCAUUUUGUAUUCUGCAAGAUAGUGAACAGAAUCUUGGCAAUACAUGGGAGUUGGAUUGCUCCUAUGCCUUGGACUAUGCUAUGUUUAGUCACAUGCUGUUACUUUUCCCUUGUGUUUCUUCCUUUAAUGAACAGCUCAAUGGGGAUUGGUUUCCUCCUGCUGAAGCUUCUCUCAAGCGAACUCUUAUCCAGAGGCUAAUUUCUGAGCUGCUUCAAAAUCGUUCUCUGGAAGUUUCUUCUGGUGGUUGCAGUGAUGAACCACAGCCUAAUUUUCCAGAAAUUGAUGCGAAAGAAUCUGGAUUGGAGCUUGUUUCAGACAGACGCACUCCUGGUGGAGCUUGCCGUGUUAAUUUAUCAAGUUCUGACCCUGGCCAGGGCAUUGAAAUUACUCUAUUGGAAGCAUCUUCUGGAAUUUUUGAGCCAGGAGUUGCUGCUGGACCAUUACUUGCACAGUGUCCAUCCUUUGACCAGCCUUCGUCUUAUUACCACCUUAAUGGUGCUAUGUCACAGAUAGAGCAGGAUGAUACAGAAACUGGGGAGCAGUUUAUGUAUUUCCCUUCCGGAGAUACUGUUUUUCAGCAAAUUGCAGGAAUGACACCUCAAGAUGGUUCCAUGCCAUGUCCUUUUAGAGGUUUUGAGGCUGAUGAUUCUUGGAAUCCAGGGAUUUCUUUGCAAGCAGGUGACAAUGAUUCAUCUUCAGACAUGUCAGACUGUGCCUCCGAUGAUUCAGAUGUGGGAAUCAUUGAAAAUUGUCCAGUUAAGGAAGAUGUAGGUCAAUGUCAAAAAGAGAAAUUUGAUCAACAAAGAUCCCCUUUGAUGGAAGACGUUGGGUGCCUUGCUUCUGCCUCUUGUGAGAUGCUCGAGAAUUCUACCUUUGGAGGUAUACAGAACCUUGAAGGUACCGAUGAUGUUGACAGGAUUCAUGAUGGCAAUGAGAUUGACCACCUUGCCUCUGGUCAGGGAAAUUUUUCAACGUCACUGCAAAGAGACCCUGACUUGGUAGAGAAUGUAUUGCAUCAAGAUUUGGAAAAGCCAGAGGUCACUCAGGAUGAUAUGCAAACAAUUGAAGGUAUACAUAACCUUGAAGGUAUGGACGAUGCUGACAGGAUUCGUUAUGGCAAUGAGAAUGCCAACCCUGCCUCUUGUCAGGAAAAUUUAUCUGCAUCAUUGCAAGAAGACCACGCUUUGGUAGAGAAUGGAUUGCAUCAAGAUUUGCAAAAGACUGAGGUAACUGAGAAUGAUGUGCAAUUGAUUGGUGAUGAUGUGAUGUUAGUAGAAUCAGAUGAACAGCAAGCUGCAAAGAGGCGCAGGCUUACACCUCCCCAUGAAGCUGAAGGAGGUAUCAUCAGAAGCCUGUCAAAGGAUCUGGAUUUGUGA